GGCUGGUGGCGGGGUCCUCUCUGUCUCCUCGUUGUCUGUGGCCGGCCGGCGCCUUGGUGGAGAAAUAGGCGAGGGGGCGGUCGGCCGGCCAGCCAGCCAAGAUGGCGGAGCUCAGCGGCGGCCCCGGCUCGGCUGCGAGCUCGGCCGGCAGCAGAGAAGGCGGCGGAGGAGGAGGGAGCGGCGCCAAUGCAGCCGCGGGCGCCGCCGUGGGAGGCGGGGAGGGCGGCCCAGGGGGGCUCCUCAUCCGGGUGAUGGUGAAGACCCCCAAAGACAAGGAGGAGAUCCUUACCGGCGAGCGCGUCUCCGUCAAGGAGUUUAAAGAGGAGAUCUCCAGACGGUUCAAAGCCAAACAGGAUCAGCUGGUUCUGAUCUUUGCCGGGAAGAUUCUGAAGGACAGCGAUACACUGAAUCAGCACGGGAUCAAAGAUGGACUAACAGUUCACCUGGUGAUCAAAACGCCGCAAAAGUCUCAAGAUCCUUCGGCAGUGGCAGCAGCUUCAUCUCCUCCUCCUCCUGCCCCUCCUGUUACCACUACAGCUGCUGCUGCGGCUCCCUCCACAGCCCCCGCUUCUCCUGCCACCCCAUCACAGCCUUCCACGUCCAGCAACGCGCUUUCAGAUGCAGGGAAUAACAGCCGGAGAAGCAGUGGGCUUGGGGCUGCUCCAGGCCCGACGGCAGAAGGGACGCCCAGUGGCGCCACGUCCAUCUUGUCUGGCUUCGGGGGCAUCGCUGGACUCGGCCACUUGGGUAUGGGCUCUGCCAACUUCAUGGAGCUGCAGCAGCAGAUGCAGCGGCAGCUGAUGUCCAACCCAGAAAUGCUGUCCCAGAUCAUGGAGAAUCCCCUGGUCCAGAACAUGAUGUCCAACCCAGACUUCAUGAGGCAGAUGAUCAUGGCCAACCCCCAGAUGCAGCAACUGAUGGAGCGCAACCCAGAGAUCAGUCACAUGCUGAACAACCCAGAGCUCAUGCGCCAGACCAUGGAGUUGGCACGCAACCCGGCCAUGAUGCAGGAGAUGAUGCGCAACCAGGACCGAGCCCUGAGCAACCUGGAGAGCAUCCCAGGAGGGUACAACGCUUUGCGCCGGAUGUACACGGACAUUCAGGAGCCCAUGUUCAGCGCUGCCAGGGAGCAGUUUGGCAACAACCCGUUUUCUGCCUUGGCCGGAAGCUCCGACACCUCAACCCCCCAGCCUCUGCGGACAGAGAACAGGGAGCCUUUACCCAACCCUUGGAGUCCCACAGCCGCUUCUCAAAGCCAGGCACCCAGCAGUGAAGGGAGCACCAGCUCUGUCCCUCCCCAAAGCACGCCCACUUUGUCCAACCCUUUGGGGAUCAAUGCAGCCAGCCUAGGAUCUGGGAUGUUUAGUAGCCCUGAGAUGCAAGGCCUCCUACAGCAGAUCUCGGAGAACCCCCAGAUCAUGCAGAACGUGACCUCUGCCCCUUACAUGCGCACCAUGAUGCAGACGCUUGCCCAGAACCCUGACCUUGCAGCACAGAUGAUGGUGAAUGUCCCCCUCCUUGCUGGCAACCCUCCGCUCCAGGAGCAGCUACGGCUUCAGCUCCCUGCCUUUCUACAGCAGAUGCAGAACCCCGAUUCUCUCUCCGUCAUGACCAACCCUCGAGCCAUGCAGGCCCUUCUCCAGAUCCAGCAAGGGCUCCAGACGCUGCAGACAGAGGCCCCGGGACUGGUGCCCAGCCUUGGGUCUUUUGGGACUCCUCGAGCCCCCCCACCUUCUGCCGGAGGAAGCACAAUCCCCGAGACCCCCAUGUCCUCCGCUUCGACGCCUGCCAGUGCCUCUCCAGCCGGAGACAGCAAUCCACACCAGCAGCUCAUGCAGCACAUGAUCCACCUCCUGGCUGGCACAAACUCUCAAGCUCAAAGCCCGGAAGUGAGGUUCCAGCAGCAGCUAGAGCAGCUCAACGCCAUGGGUUUCAUCAACCGCGAGGCCAACCUGCAGGCGCUCAUCGCCACGGGCGGGGACAUCAACGCUGCCAUCGAGAGACUGCUGGGCUCGCAGCCUUCCUAACGCCCUGUGGCCCCUCCAGUCUGCCUGCUCUCAUCUCCAGCACAGGGACCCAUCGAGGAGACUGCCACGAUGGCCCCCCAAGUCCCGCAGUAGCUGCCUGCUGAUCGAAAGAGAAGAAGAGGCCAAGCUUCAGCCCGGCGCAGCUGAGAGAUCCCUUUCCAAACUGCAUCGCGCAUGGAUUCUGAUUCUCAUCGAGUGGCCAUUUCCAGACCUAUAUUCAUUUCUUCCUCCCUCCCCCCGCCCCCGCCUUGUUCUGUCUCCCUGCCAAUUAGGCUGUUUAGUUGGUAGAAGUGUUUACUUCUAGUUAACCCAAAUGAUUGUGUUGGAUUAGCUUGCUUUUAAAAUAAAAGCUGUCUUUCUCUUCCUGCCCCCUCCCUCCUCCUCCUCCUCCCUGGAGAUCAAGGAGAGAUCGAUCUGGUUUCACUGACCCAAAGGCUGUCUUUCCUUACGCAAAACAAUAAUCCAAGGGGCAAGACUUUUUAAACACUACUAGCGAAGAUGGAGCCCAUCUUGCGAUACCCUCGGACCCUCCCUUUCGGACCUCGGUUGUGGACUCCCAACAUCGCUUUGGUGCUUGUGGGGGGCUUUGGCUGGAGGAAUACAGAGGAGCCCCUCCUGGGUUUGAGGAUGGAGGCGUGGGAUUGGAGGUCUUUGAAGGCAGAGGGGGAAAUGUCCUGAAUUAAGGGCAUGAUGCUUGAAAUUAGACUGGAAUUAUGUUUUAUCAUCUACCUUAAAAGUCUCCUCAUGAAUGUCAUUUACUUCUUGAUGCAUCUAG